AUGGCUGGUAUUAAAGCUUUGGUCGGGUUGUCUUUUAGUGGCGCCAUCGGACUGACGUUUCUGCUUCUGGGUUGUGCAGUGGAACAAUAUGGAGUUUACUGGCCGCUGCUGGUGCUGAUAUUUUACAUCCUGAGUCCGAUCCCCACCUUCAUAUCAAGACGUCUGAGUGAUGACACUGAUUCCUCCAGCAAUGCAUGUAGAGAACUGGCCUAUUUUGUAACAACUGGACUAGUCAUAUCGUCUUUUGGGCUCCCCAUCGUCCUCGCUCGCAACAACACAAUCCAGUGGGGCGCCUGCGGUCUUGUAAUGACAGGAAACGCUGUUAUCUUCCUCACAAUCCUCGGCUUUUUUCUGGUGUUCGGAGGUGGUGAGGACUUCAGUUGGGAACAGUGGUAA